AUGUACACCAUUUACUAUGGUCCAGGUAACAUCGAAUGGGUCGUCGAGGAUGUAGAGAGCGCAAAGCUCAAUGAUGUCCUCACGCAGCACAAUUGUACUCCUUCUGACACCACUCUCAUUCGUUUAGAUGACGGGGAAUUCCUUAUGCCUGGCUUUGUUGAUACCCACACACAUGCAUGUCAAUUCCCUAACCUCGGCGUUGGUGGGGAGAUGGAGCUCCUUCAAUGGCUCGACAACUACACGUUCCCGACGGAGGCUAGUUUCAAGGACGUCGAAUAUGCUAAACGCACUUAUCCUCAUGUCGUACGGCGUAUAAUCAACUCGGGUACGACGACAUGCUGUUAUUACGGUAGUUUGCAUCUAGAAGCGACCAAGGUUCUAGCCGGCCUCGUUCACGCCGCAGGUCAAAGAGCGUUUGUCGGGAAAUGUAACAUGAAUCAGAAUUCUUCACCCAAUUACAUCGAGCCGUCUGCCCAAGAAUCUGUCGACACCACCUUGGCUUUAAUCAGGCACAUCGAAGAGCUACCGAAAGCUGCUUGCGGCGAGACAUUGCUACAUCCCAUCCUCACCCCGCGUUUCGCCAUCUCAUGUACCGAGGAACUCUUGACGCGUCUCAGUGAAAUCGCGCAGAAGAACCCAAAGCUCGCCAUUCAGACGCACAUCUCAGAGAAUAAAUCCGAAGUUCAACUGGUUAAACACCUGUUCAAGACUAAAAGUUACGCAGAGACCUAUGACAAGUUUCAUUUACUUCGCAAUAACACUGUUUUGGCACACGGCGUCCAACUCACCGAGGAUGAGAUGGUGCUUAUCGCUAAACGUGGUUCGGGGGUGGCACAUUGCCCGACGAGCAACUUCUAUCUGAGCAGUGGCAUGGCUAGAGUUGGCAUGCUCCUGGAUCAUAAUGUGAAGGUUGGACUGGGCACAGAUGUCGCUGGCGGCUAUUCCCCAUCCAUACUCACUGAGAUCCGGCACGCCAGUAUCGCAUCCAAGAUGCUCGCUAUACAAGCCGAUGACAAGAAAUGCAAGUGCGAUGGAGGCCACUCGGAGUCAUCAUCAUCAGGCGAAGAAGACAGUCAUUCGCGCAGUCGUCGCGGUCACAAUCAAGAUAGCGAUGAGAAGCGGUCUGUACGGUUCACCAAUCAGAAACUAUCUAUUGCUACUCUCUUGUACCUCGCUACUCUUGGUGGGGCGGGAGUUUGCUGUCUACAGGACCGUAUCGGCUCGUUUGAGCAGGGGAAGGCGUUCGAUGCGCUCCUGGUAAGCAUCCGAGAAGACGAUACGGGGAACCCUGCGGUGUGGGGCUACAACCCUGAUCGCGACUUGACCCAUGGUGUCACUGCGCAGAGCGCGGACAAGAACUUGAUAGAAUGGUUGGAACGCUUUUUGUUCUGCGGAGAUGACAGGAACAUUAAGAAGGUGAUCGUACAAGGGAGGACGAUUGGUGGACGGGAUUACCAUCCAUUACAGUAA